GAUUAUAAGACCUCGCCAAAUCGUCCACAGCAACACGCGGUACGCUACACAAAUCUCUCGUUUUUUUUUAUUAACAAAAAGAAAAUCAACCCCAAAUAUGACGGAUAAGGUAGAAAAACCCAGUGUUGAAGUCACUGAAGAAGAACCAAAAAUCAAGGAUGACAAAGCAUCCCCCGUGAAACCCGCAGAAAAGGUAGAAAAUGGGGAUGCCAAAGCAAACGAAGAUGAGGAGAAAGAAAAGUCAUCCGAGAAUGGUGCCGAAAAAACAGAAGAAAAUGGAAGUUCAGAAUCUGACGAAAAACCUGCCGCAAAGAGGAAAUCUACGGGCGGCGGAGAUGCAACAGAUAGUGUGGACGUUGAAAGUGCCACACCUGAGAAAAAAGCCAAGCUGGAUGAAAAAGAAUCAGCGGAAGCGAAAGCAGAUACAGAAGUAGAAGCUUAGGUUUCUCUUGAAAAUAUAUUCGUGUUCAGAAGUUUCUUAUGUUUUUAUAUAUGUAUGUAAUUAAAUAAUGUAAAAUGUAGGGGCAAACCUGUGUGAAUAUUUUGAUCUAGCCCUAACAUUAAACAUAUUUUAUAACAUAACACAAAUAAUUUUAGAAAAAUUGCAUUUAAUUUUUAGUUAAUGUUGCACUUAAAAGUAGUGAAAAAUAAAGUGUCUGUUGGUCAUUCUACAAAGUUUGGUUGAUUGAAACGGUAACAAUAAUCAAUCUUGCCAAACAUAUCAUUCUUCAGAUAUUGCAAAUAACGUAUUUUUGUUUUGAUUUCUCUGAAUCUAAACCAUUCGCGUUAAAUGUAUUAUCUGUUGAUAAUUUAACACUGCCUACUUUUAGUAUUUCUUUUGGGGCCACAAUGUUCUUACCUUUUCUAGAAGGCGUCCCAUAUUCUCGAAUCAAUAUUAAGUUUAGUGUAAUAUACACUGACCUAUACCUGUUGUAAUAAAUAUGUACAAUAAUAGUAGUACAAACAGCAGUUCAACAAGUUUUAUAUUGUUUUUAUUAUAAAAAUAUUUAUUUGUGCAUAUGUAGAUAAAUAGAAUUUUUAAAGUUGUACCUACCAAUUGUGGCAAAUAAAUACGUUGAAACCCACACAUAAACAAAUCCUGUAUAGAAAUAUAUUUUUAUAUUACGACGUUUUUUAAAACACAAGGUCCUUAUUAAAAGCCAAGACAUUCUCAGAAUAAAUUAGUGACAAUCUUCCACUUUUCUAAAACUAAAAGAAACUAAACUUCUCGAAACUAAAAGUUUCGCACACAAAUUGAUUAAUAAUCUGGUAACAGUUCAAAAUGCAAUUACUGCUGUUAACGAGCCGAUUAUUAGAAAUGUCGCUAAUUCGUUCCGAAAGAGUCAUCUGGCUUUUCCAACAUUAACUAUGCUUUGUAGAAUGGCUAAAAAUUUCCUUAGGUGUUGAUGUGGGUGCCAAGGUUUCAUGGUACGUUUUAUGUACUUAAGUUUUCUAUUUGUAGUAAUGACUAUUCAUUUUUUCAAUAAAUACCACGUGUUGUGAAUCACUGUAAUAUAUAAAUUACCAUUGUGUUCUUUAAAAUGUUACAGUAAAAGGUGGCGUUUCACUUUGACUCUUUUUUUAACCCAACUAAUAUUCAUCAUCCUUCCCCGUUAACCCCACUUGUGAAAAGUGGUAGGUAUGUAUCAAACUUACCAUAAUUUUUGCGAUUUUAUUAAAUAAAUAGUGCAUUAUAUAUUACACAUAAAGUUGUUAAUGCAAAAAAAAAAUUGAUCUGAAAAAAUAGGUGUGAAAUUACUUACAUGUGUUAAAAAAAAACCUUAAGGAGACAGGGGAAAGCAGUUUUUGAAUUCGUUGCCUAGAAGCACACUAGUCAAGAAACACUAUUAGUGUUAACUUAAAGAAAUACACAAUAAUAUUUUUCAUUUAAUUUGUAAAUGCUUUAUAAAGAACAUUUGUUCGGAACAUACUGUAACUGUAAUCGAACGAAGGUGAUAUUUUGGCAUAAAUUGGUAACACUUAUUGACAAUUGCGAUGUUAAGACUUUUUGUACUUUAUUUUUUUUUACAUCUACCUCUUGUUUUAUAUUUUUACCUUUAAUAAAACCUGUUCUUUUUAGAAC